AUGAGUUCAAACACUGGCGUAUUUCGCUACGAUCCUGCAGCAUCUGGGAAACCCAUGUACUACUUCUACCUGGAAGACAAAGUUAGCUGCUUAAGAGCUUGUUAUGAAGAAAGCGAAUGCGCAGUUGUGGAGUAUCGGGAGAACGAAGAGGGUUACUGUAGACUGUACAGAGAGGGCGAUACUCGUUCCGUAGAAGGAUACACCCUCUCCCGUGGAGAAACCAAUUCGUCGUGCAAAUUAAUUGAAAUACUGGACUUUGACGUUUCGUUUCAAGAAAUUGAAGGAAGUCAAGAAAACUCUUCAAAAGCGAAGUGCAGCGGCAUGCCAGAUGUCGCUGUUAUACAACCGUAUGACCGAGUAGAAUACCGCUUCUUCGUUCUUGAUUCCACCAAAGUUGCCGAAAACUGGAUUGCAUCGGAAUUCAGGUCAGACCAUCGUCGCCUAUACUUUGGUGAGAUAUACAAUACUACUGGUUACACCUUCUACAACGCGUAUGCCUUCACCAAUCUCUGCGUUUCCCCGGCCGGCGAAUGUCUGGGUGUGCAGGAAAUAAAAGAAUAUGUCGACGAGCAGGGCAACUUCUUCUACGAUGUGCCUGGAAGAAUGGACAUGUCAGGCUCUGGUUUAGGUCAAAUCUUCUUUAUCUCAGGCAAAAGCUAUUGA